GUUCGGGAUUAUACUGCAUUCGGAACAGGAAGAAAAACUUUCUCAAAACUUUGCUAAAAGUUUUAUUUCCAAAGUUAUAAAUUAUACAUAUUAAGUUUUCUUAAAAGUAAGAAGAAAUGUAGAUAUGACGAUGGCAGACAGUGUAGAAGAACUGUUUAAACAAAAUUUAGAUGUCCAAGUCAAAGAUCGCAAGAAAAAACAGUGUACAGUCACCUUGCUGAAGUACAAAUCUGCAAUACCUCAAGAUAGGAAUCCAAGAAAACACAAAUUAAAGAUUGUAGCUGAAAAAAAGAAAAAAAUAAUCUUUGAAGAAAACAUUAGUACUAGCAACUUUUAUGGAUAUUUUAAUGGUCAACAGCAGUUAAAAAAAAAUACAUUUUUAGGCAGAUCAAAAAAGGGGACAAUAUUUCCUUUUCUAGCCGUCUUCAUUGGAAAACAGAACUCUGGUCAACCAGUCUCCAAUGCCAGCCUUAGUGAUGUGUCUACUGUCAUAUUUUCUGGGAAGGCUGAUGCUAAAGGCACAGCAGAAAAACUUAUACAGCUGAGGUCAUGCUUCAAGUCUGAAUUGAAUACUAAAGAGCAUUGGACGAUGGACUUUAUGAGAUUAUCAAAUGAGGCAUCAAAAUGUGACUAUGAAACAAAGAGCCUCCAUAUUACGCAAGAUUACCUGACCCUAGCAAAUGUGCAUCCCCUUGCUUUUGAGAAAAGAUGGAUCUGGGGAGAAACUACUGGGGAAAUAACCAAUGAGGGUCCUGGAAAUCUCAAGCUUGCGAUCAAAGCAAAACAUCUGGAAGAAGUUACUUAUAAGUUGAGGUUUAAAGAAGAUGCUUCUGGUGAGGUUAUUCAGAAGUUACGAGACAGACUCCAACCAGUUAACAGGAGUCAACGUAGACAACCAGCUCCUCUAGAUAAAAACAAUCAGGCAGAGAAGCCAAGAACACCGUCAAAUUGUUACAAAACCCCACCUUCUUCCCCUACCCACAAUCUUAGCUUUCCAGGUCUAGCGAGUCCAUAUGACCAGUCAGUCCACCAAGAAGAUCAAUCAUAUUAUUCUGAUUCAAGUUCUACAGAGACUGAUGAACUAACUAUGACCAAAGCACAAUCAUUGAAUGAUAUAUUAGCAGAGCUUGAUGAAAUUGAUGAUCCUAUACAUAAAUCCCCCAAAACUUUAAAACGAGAAGAUGUCUCUCUGGAUCCCCCUAAUCUCCAUCUCCAUAUUCCCAGUACCAGCCCAGGGCUAGGAAGAAAACCCAUUGCCAGUCCACGAUCCACUCCUUCCCUUAAUGGUGCUACUCCCAUUUUGUCUCCUCUAGAUGCAUCUCCCCCACUACCCCCUCCCCUUAACAAAGAUAUCGGUCUGCCAGAUGACCCACCACCUAUUUUUGGCAAAAAGGAUACACAUAAACAGGUCUGGAAGAGAAAUAUGUCAAAGAAACCUGCACGAUACACCCAAAGUAUAGAUCAUUGGUACGAGAAUUUCCCUCAUGUAAAGAAAGUUGCCCUGCCUCCUAACUGUGGAAAAAAACUCAACGAUCCAAGCUACAUCAACAUACCAGUUUCGCCACAUCAUAAAGAACAUGAGAGUUUGAAGACCUCGUUAAGUUUGGAGGUCCCCCCUCCCAUUCCAAAAACAAAGGAGAGUAAAAAAUGCAAUACCUGGGCAAAAGGUUCUACCAAUACCAGUGAACAAGAUUCAACGCACAUUAGUCCCAAUGAGUUAGAAGAGUUCUUUAUAGUGCAAUCAGAUGACGGUGAUGAAGAAAUUGCUGACAUCACCAGAACAAUACAAAACUUGCUUGACAAUAAACCCCCAGAAAGGCCAGACACUUUAAGGCUAAACUACAAACAGAAUGAAGCCAUGGUCCAGUUGUCAUACCAACCAAAUAAUCAAAUAACAAGAGAUUGGAAAGACGUGGCAACCUGUAUUGGUUUACUGUUCCAUGAGAUUGGGCUAAUUGCUGCAUUUUGUGAGAGCAAGCGGUCUUUCAAGCCUACAGAUCUGGUUCUACGUCACUGGCAAUACAUGCAUAAUCGAAAGGUCAAACUAGGCUAUAGCUUGGACAGUGAUGACUUCAUUCCAUGUACUCAGGAUACUUUAGAACAAAUCCUUGAGGAAAUUGACAGGCACGACAUUAAGGAAAUAUUUGUAAAGAACAGAGAUAAACAAAUCUGA